AUGUCGGCUACACCUCAUCAAGUAGCAUCGCUGCUGCCCAAGCUGCAAGAUGCAGACAGCGAUAUCCGCUACAUGACGCUCGUCGACCUCAACACGAUGCUCGUACAAGGCCAUGCCGGCUUUCUCUCACACGACUACACCGCAUGCGCCAAGAUUGUCGAAGGCCUCCUAUGCACACUCAACGACAGUCACGGCGAUGUGCAGAAUCAGGCCAUCAAGACUCUGGGAGCGUUUGUGAACAAGGCACCAGAGGCCAUCCUCUGUCCGACAAUCGAAAAAGUCAGCAAUAUCAAGACUGAAAACYCUAUCGACACAUCCAUCCCCGCGCUCGCCGUGCGGGCCAUCGUCAUGGCACUACCACAUCCGACACCUGGCAUUGCUCGGACUGACAGGGUUAUGGCAGCUUACAACUCCGUGUCGAGAGCUCUGAUCCCGCGUCUUGUCGGUCGUGUUAUCAUCCCGAUUCCAGGCGGAAAGGCGGUCGCCGCGCCGCCUCGAGGAAUGCUACAAGACGAUCUGGAAACGGGCAACGACAGCAGCAGCUUGGAUCUCCUCGCUGAAGUUGCACGCUGCUUUGGAACCAUGCUGCAAGAUCCAGAGGUUGAAGCCUUGGAGGAAAUAACCAUUCAAAUUUUGGAAUCRGAGCGCUGUGGCACAGUCAUGAAGAAGAAGGCCGUCAACGCGCUCUCAACGCUCGCACUCUACUUUAACGAUGCCAUCCUGGCCAAUUUCGUCAGCUACAGUAUCCAGCGACUCCGCGAAUCCCAUCUCACAAGCCAGCAGCGUAAGCUUUACCUCACGGUAUUUGGGAGCUUGGCGCGUAGUAUCCCGCAGAAGUUCGGCCCAUACCUCAAGACCCUGGCUCCAUUCGUGCUCGCACCACUUUCUGAGGAAGAGCUUAAUCAGCAACGCGAGGCAGAGGCAGAGGCAGACGGUGAGCGCGAUGUCCAGAUGGAAGAUGUACGCGAGGCCGCGCUGGUCGCAAUCGAGUCUUUUCUAGAAGCAUGCGCACAAGAUAUGAGGGUCUACACAAAAGAGGUAGUGGAUAGCGCCACUCGAUUUCUCAAGUACGAGCCCAACAUGGCUGAUGACGAUGAUGAGGACAUGGAGGAGGAGGCAGAAGAGGAAGACGAGUUUGCAGGGGAUGAGGACUUUGAGGAAGAGACUGGGUUCGAGGAUGAAGACGAUGUGAGUUGGAAGGUCCGAAGAUGCUCGGCGAAAGCUCUGCACGCUCUAGUCGGUGUGCUCGAUGCGAAUGAUCCCGUCAUGUACAAUCAGCUCGCGCCUGCACUCAUCUCCCGAUUCAGGGAGCGGGAAGAGAGUGUGCGAACAGAGAUCAUCGCGACACUGGCUUCGCUCAUCAAGAAGACCGGAACGAUCUCCUCACCAACAAAGAGCGCCGACCAUCCCACCAACACCCAGAGUAGGAAGAGAAGACGUGGAUUUAGUGAAUCCUUGGGCUCUGAUCUUCGAACUCAGCAGUCGUUGAUGAAUGGCUAUGCCUCACCUUCAACUCCGCCGCCAGUGGAUAGCGCGACGAAGGGAUUGGCAAAGAUCAACCCAGACAUCGUAAAGGGAGCCACAAAGUUGCUCAACUCAAGCACCCCGGCUACCAAGCAGGGCGUCAUCUCGCUGCUCAAGGACAUGGUCGCAGCUCAGCAAGGUGGACUUUCCGAACACUCCGAUCUUGUGAUUGGUCCUGUUGUCGAGACGAUGAAUGCCAAUGCCGGGUCGAAUGUUGCCGCGAAUGCGCUGCGUGUUGAGGCACUGGGUCUCCUCCGUGUGAUUGCCGAGAUGCACUCAAGCAAAGUCAUCCAGCCACAUCUCAAGGCCAUAAUCCCCACACUCAUCUCUGCUGCUACAGAUCGCAUGGCCAAGAUUGCUGGCGAGGCUUUCACGACUAUCGAGAUCUUUAUCAAGGCGCUCACCCCUCCUCGCUCAGCGGCGGGUAAAAAUGGUGAUGCCUUGACCCAACUUUACCAAGUCACUGUUGAUCGCAUUUCUGCCUCAGACACCGACACCGAAGUUCGACAAAAGGCUGUGCAGGCUCUUGGUCUCAUAAUUGGUCGCACCUCAGGCUCGACUGCAACGAACCUGCUGUCUCAGGAAGACCGUUUUGCUGGUCAGCAGCUCAUUGCAGAUCGUAUGAAGAACGAGCUCACCCGUCUGUCGUGCGUUCGAGCGAUCGACACAAUUGCUGUGCUUGCGCAGAACAAGAAGGACUUCAAGUCGGACUUUGUUGGCAAUGUUGCUGUUGAACUUGGUGCGCAGCUGCGUAAAUCAAGCCGCUCGCUACGAGGCGCAAGUCUGAGUGCACUGCGCAUGUUGGCUGUCAAUCAGGCAUCGCGCGAGACCAUGAGUGACAGCGUUGUCAGCAAUCUGGUUGAGGCAUUGGUUCCUCUGCUCGAGCCAAAGGACCUCCACAUGAUGAGCCCAGCCCUGAUCGUACUUGCUGCAUUCACAAAGGACAAGCCGACGCUGGUGUCGACGACAGCCGUUGUCAGAGGAAUUUGCAAGAUCGUGCAGGCUCCUCUGUCUGGCGUCGCUUUGGACUCGCUGCUCGCCUGCGUUGAGGCUAUUGGCCAAGCUGGAGCUGGCAAGACGCUCAUGUCUGCUCUGCUGCAGAUGGCGCCUCAGGGUGAUACGGACGUAACUGGGCAGGUUAUUGGCACGCUCCUUGUUUCUGGUGGCGAGAGCUCGGGUGUGAAAUUGCAAGCCUUCGUCAAGGAGGUGGACACACAGUCCGACGAGUCCAAGAAAUGUCUCGCGCUGUCCGUUCUCGGCGAAGCCGGGCUGCGUAUGGGUAGCAGCAGCCCGCUUAAGCCCGCAAACUUUACUGCGCACUUCAGCAGCACGGAGAAGGUGAAGCUUGCUGCCGCUAUUGCUCUCGGACGCGCUGGGGCAGGAGAUGUCAAGCAGUAUCUGCCGCAGAUUCUGCAGGGCAUGUCCGUCGGCACGCAGUAUCUGCUACUCCACUCAGUGAAGGAACUUCUACAGCACAGCAACGCAGAGGAUGAAAUCCGUCCCUACACCAAGAACCUGUGGGAGAAUAUCAUCAACUCUGGGCAGGCCGAAGACAACAAGGUCGUCGGAGCUGAGUGUGUCGGAAGAUUGGCAAUCAUCGAUCCAACGGCAUAUCUUCCACAGCUGCAAUCCUUCUUGAAGAACCCUAGUCCAACUGUUCGCGGCAUGGUUAUUUCCGCACUGCGCUACGUCUUCUCGGACACCGAAGAUGUGUACAAUCCCAACCUACAAUCCAACAUUGUCCCAAUGCUGUCAACGAUGCUCAACGAUACCAACCUCGACAACCAGCGUCUCUCACUCACCACAUUCAACUCAGCUCUGCACAACAAGCCAGACCUUGUCUUGCCUCAUCUGCCCGAACUUCUCCCCGUUGCCAUGCAAGCCUCCGUCAUCCGUCCAGAGCUCAUCAGGGAGGUGUCCAUGGGUYCCUUCAAACACAAGGUCGACGACGGCCUCGAGAUGCGCAAGUCUGCAUAUGAGACUCUCUACGCCUUGCUAGACUCCGCUGCCUCUCGCCAACGUCUCGAUAUUCCGUCCUUCUAUGACCGCAUUGUCGCGGGCGUUACCGACGAACACGAGAUCAAGAUUCUCUGCUGUCUGCUUCUGUGCAAGCUCCUCGUGAUCGCACCGGCCGAAUCCUCAAGACGUCUUGAGAGCCUGUCGCAAGCUUUCCGCGUGGUCCUCGCAUUCAAGCCCAAGGACACGGCUGUAAAGCAGGAGCUCGAAAAGCUUGCUGAGCAGCAGAGGUCUGUCAUCAAGGCAUCUGUGGCCUUUGAUAAGGCCAUGCCAGACACCGACAGUCGCUCCUGGAAGGAGUACAUGGAGUGGGUCCGCAAGGAGUAUGUUAACAUGCAUAGGGCUGCCGAGGACGAGGGGCGUAUGAAUGAGCCCACGCAUUAG